AUCCCCGGCUUAGUGGAGGCACUAUCCAUACCAAAUGGCAAAGUUUGUUCAAAUUACUCACCCAAAUAUGUUGAUCGCACCUAUGCGUGUCUGCAAAACAUACAGGAAGGUAAUGCCAUUUUCACGUUCCCGGCAUCACCCGUCAAAUGUCCGGGUGCGCCACAGAAGAUUGUCUACAUCGCUGAGCACUAUUUCCGUAAGCUUGGCAAGCGCAACAAGAUUACGGUUACGUACAACACAUCGUUGCCCGUAAUUUUCGGCGUGAAACACUAUGCCGACGCGCUGUGGAAAGUCGUCGAGAAACGAGACAUCAAAGUGAAUUUGCUUCGCAACUUGAUUGAAGUGCGGCCUAAUGAAGAUGUGGCUGUAUUUCAAAAUCUCGACAAACCAGAGGAGAUAUUCGAGGAAAAGUUCGCCAUGUUACAUGUCACGCCACCGAUGAGCACACCAACUGUGUUGGCACAGUGCAAGGAAUUGGUGAAUGCGGCAGGCUUCGUGGAUGUGGACAAAUCAACGCUACAACAUUUGCGCUACAAGAAUGUCUUUGCUAUCGGCGAUUGCUCGGCGUCACCCAACUCAAAGACUGCCGCAUCAGCAGCAGCACAAUCGCCUGUUGUAUAUCGCAAUAUGUUGGCUCAGCUGAAGGGAAAGGAACUGAAGAGCGCCUACGAUGGUUACGCUUCCUGUCCACUAGUCACUGGCUAUCACAGCUGUAUUUUGGCUGAAUUCGAUUAUGAUUUGAAACCAUUGGAAACAUUCCCAUUUGCACAGAAUAAGGAACGCUAUUCAAUGUUCUUUUUGAAAAAGGCCUUAAUGCCUACACUUUACUGGAAAGUCAUGUUGAAUGGCUAUUGGAAUGGGCCAGCGCUAAUGCGUAAAGUUUUAUCUGUACUGAAGUUCGAGAAGAAGGUGAAUGCAUAGAGGAAGUUUGCGAAAAAAAGUAUGGCCUUUGAAUUUGUUAUUUGUGAGGAGAGGAUUACAAUAAAAAACUCUUUUUUUUGAAAUUGCAUAAAAUAUAUAAAUUUAGCUAUGCAAAAGUGUUUUUACAGUAAUUUAUGCUGCUUAAGAAGUACAAAAAUACAGCACUGACAAAAAGAAACGAGGACAAGAGCGCAAGAUGACAUUCGAGUUGCAACUUUUUUCAAAAUUUGAUCAAAAAGAAGUGAUCAUGCAAAUAUUUUGUGAUACAUACAUAAAACAUUUUUACUGUAAAAAAGAAAAAGACAUAAAAUAAAGCUAUAAAUAAUUA